AUGCCCCUCAUGGAUUCAGACGCAUUGCCAGUAGAAGCGCCUGUUGCUGAGGCAUCAUCAUCCACCGAUCUCCCCGAUCGCCUUCCAUUUCCACCAAUUACAUAUGCUCACAUUCUACACUGCUCAUACCAUGACUGGCAUGCACGAUACCGCACCCUCGCACCUAAAUCCCGAGUGAUCCCUGUUCCACCUCAAUUUAUCUCGUACCUCCGUGCCGAUGGCAUUGUCCUCACACCCGAACCCACGCCCCCAAGAGAUGACGACUACCUCGACACUUUUUCUGACUCCGGCGAUGAAGCAGAAGACCCAUCGACAGAAUGGGCAGACUUGCAUUCUCAAAUCAAGAGCACAAUCGCUGAAUUCGGCAAAGUAACCCCGAAACUAAAUUGGAGCGCCCCAAAGGACGCUACCUUCAUGUCCGCAACCAAUGACACGAAAUGCGCUACGCCUAACGACGUUUAUCUCCUCCUGAAAAGCAGCGACUUCAUUACUCAUGACCUCGAACACCCCUUCGAUGACUGUGUUCCCGAUAAUACCACAGCCGAAGGACUUGAAAAUGGCGAGCUAGUAGACUCACCUAUCCCAGAGGUGCCUUAUCACCUUGUUCUACGCAAAUUUGUGAACUUCAACCCUUCUCUUGAGUUCCGGUGCUUUGUGCGCAACCGCAAACUCAUAUGUAUGUGCCAGCGUGAGCUGAACUACUUCGACUUCCUCUUUGAUAUGCGCGACAUGUUCCGGUCUCGGAUUCAGGAUUUCUUCGAUGAAAAACUGCGCGAUACUUUCCCAGAUCCCAACUUCGUGUUCGAUGUAUAUGUGCCCGCGCCACACCAGCGCGUUUGGCUGGUCGAUAUCAACCCGUGGGCUCAGCGAACGGACUCUCUCCUUUUCAGCUGGUUGGAGAUUUUGCGCAUGAAGGACCCUAUUGGGUUUGAGGAGGAAGAGGAUGAUGAAACAGGCGUGGAAGGUGGUUUCGUUCGAAUCUCACUUCAUGAUGGAAGUAUCAUGACUUCUGAAGAGUUGAAUGGGUCUGUACAGGAGACUGAAGGGGACGAAGAGGACGAAGAGGACGAAGAAGAGGAACAGGUUGCGGGGGGCGACGAUGAUCUCGCUCCCUUCCUUCCCGAGGUUCGUCUUGUGAAAAAGAAUGAUCCUGAAGCUUACCAAUUCUCUACGCCACAAUACUCGGCUCACAAGGUACCGAAAGACUUGGUUGAUGCCUCUCUCGCUGGGUCUGGUGGCAUGAGCGAAUUUAUGGGCAAGUGGCAGGACAUCCUGGCUAGGCAAAUGCAAGGGCAGCAAGACGACAGUAGUGACUCAGAAUAA